CCAAUAAUCUGUUAGCAUUACAGAACAAGAGCAGUGAUUCAGUGUGAGUGCCAUUGAGUAAGCAUUAAAGUGCUCAGUCUCUUUCUGAGAGCUUCUUGUGCAGUACUUCAAAGAGUGGAGCCUGGCUCAGCCACAUGUGUGACUGUGGAGAGAAAGUGCACACAAAACCGAUCAGGCUGAUUGCUGCAGCUUGCAACAACAUGGGCAUCGGGAAAAACGGGUACCUGCCCUGGAACCUCCCGAGCGAGUUUAAAUUUUUUUUGGACACCAUCUCGUCUGUUUCUACUCCAGGCAUGAAGAACCUGCUGGUGUGGGGCAGAAAGUGCUGGGAGGCAUUCCCUGAGAGCCUCCUCCCUCUCCCAAACACCCUGCAUGUCAUCCUGAGCCGGACUCUAAGCUCUGUACCAAAGCAUGCUCAGUAUCUCUGCUCUGAUCUACAAGGUUCAGUUAAACUGGGAUCUACACAUCCCCUCAAUGAAGUUAUUGAAACGAUUUGGAUAAUUGGUGGUGUUGAACCAUACACAGAAGCUUUGCAGCAUCCAUGGUGUGACCUGCUUUACCUUACUGAUGUCCAGGCAGACUUUGAAUGUGACACCUACUUCCCAGAAUUCAACAACAAUGUCUACAUACUAGCUGAUGAGUUUCCUGGUGUGCCAAGUGGAAUCCAAGAAGAAAAUGGCAUGAAAUUCAAAUACCAAGUUUUCAAGAAGGUUGUGCAGUGAAAGUAUUGGGGAACUGUUACAGAUGAAGUAUAGACAGGUUUUAACUAGCUGUAUAUGUGUUAAUACAGUCUUCUGUACAUCAGUGGCUGAAAUGUUUGGCUUAGACUUCUGAUAAUACAAAUUACUGAUAAAUACAGUGCCUAUAGGAAGUAUUCACCCCCCCCCCCCCCCCCCCCCGCUUUCAGUCUGUUGUGUUACAACUUUAAAUCUUGAUGCAUUGAAAUGGGAUUUUCCCCUUUGAUUUACACAACCUACUGAACACUUUCAAUGCUUGAGGGAGGGGUGAACAAAUCAAUUAAAAAUAAAAAAACUGAAAACUCUUCAUUAGAUAAGUAUUCACCCCCUUUGAUAUGGCACUCUUAAACAAGCUCAGUUGCAACCAACUGCCUUUAGAAUUCACACAGUAAGUUAAAUGGAGUCCAUCUGUGUGCAAUAAAAGUGGUUCACAUGAUUUCAGAUUAAAUA